UGAUGGCGGCGGCCGGGCUCGGCGGUGUCCUCUGGCAGCGGGCGGCCGCCCGCCUGCGGGCGCUGAGGGUGGCAGCGCCGCUGGGAGCCCGGGCGGCCUCGGGUCUGUCCUCGGAGCUGCUGCCUGGGCCCUACCCGCGGACGCCGGAGGAGCGGGCAGCUGCUGCCAAGAAGUACAACAUGAGGGUGGAGGACUACCAGCCCUACCCCGACGAUGGCUUAGGGUAUGGUGACUAUCCCAUGCUCCAAAUCGGACCACUGAGUGAUACUUGGCCAGAUCUGAGUACUGGGUCCACAGGGAGAAAGUUCAACAAGAAAAAAUUAAAUGUUAUUAAAGAUAAAGCUCUUGACUCUUCACCUACUUGA